GCUCGGGCAGGUCGCACCUGCAGGGCAGCAGCCAUGAGCCUGGUGGCCUGCGAGUGCCCCCCUGGCCCUGGGCAGGAGCCUGAGCCCUGCUCCCGAGCACCGUCCCAGGCCCGCAUGUACCUGGAGCAGAUUCGCAACCGGGUGGCUCCGGGGGCACCUGACGUGGCCAAGCGCGACUACCUGGUGGACGCAGCCACGCAGAUCCGGCUGGCCCUGGAGCGCGAUGUCAGCGAGGACUACGAGGCAGCCUUCAACCACUACCAGAACAGCGUGGACGUCCUGCUGCGCGGCGUGCACGUGGACCCCAACAAGGAGCGAUGUGAGGCUGUAAAGCUGAAAAUCGCCAAGUACCUGCGGCGGGCAGAGGAGAUCUUCAACUGCCACCUGCAGAGGACCCUGGGCAGCGGAGCCAGCCCUGGCACGGGUUUCAGCAGCCUGAGGCUCCGGCCCAUCCGCACACUGAGCUCUGCCCUGGAGCAGCUGAGAGGCUGCAGGGUGGUCGGGGUCAUCGAGAAGGUGCAGCUGGUCCAGGACCCAGCGACUGGAGGGACCUUCGUGGUGAAGAGCCUGUCCAGGUGUCACACGGCGAGCCGGGAGCGGCUGACCAUCAUCCCGCACGGUGUCCCCUACAUGACCAAGCUGCUGCGGUACUUUGUCAGCGAGGACUCCAUCUUCCUGCACCUGGAGCAUGUGCAAGGAGGCACGCUCUGGUCCCACCUGCUCUCCCAGGCACGCCCCCAACAGUCUGGGCUCAGGUCUGGCUCCAGCCUGGAGAAGAUGAAGGCUCAGCUCAACUCCCGCCUCAGCAUCCGGACCCCCACGCUGCUGCCCCCUGGCCACACCCGCCUGCAGGACAGAGUGCCGCUGGAGUCUCCUUGGACUUGCCGGAGCCUCGCCCCAGCCAGGGGGGUCCCACCCGUCAGACCCCAGAGAGAGGCUGAAGGUGCACCCUCAGCCAGGACCAGCACUUCCCGCUCCUCGGACCCUCCGAGGGCUCCCGGUGGCCGCCUGCACCUCCAGGCCCGGAGAGAACCUGGCCAGAACUCAGACACUGGGUCCCCUUGGGGGCUCUCUUGGGUUCGCGAGGGGGCAGGCCGGGUGCUGGGGGGCUGUGGCCGCAGCAGAGGUCAGAGCUGCCCCUCAGUGGACAAGGCCAGCCGGGGGUCUGGCGGGGGCGCCUGGAGCGUGAGGGAAGAGCAGGUCAAGCAGUGGGCGGCUGAGACGCUGGUGGCCCUGGAGGCGCUGCACGAGCAGGGCGUGCUGUGCCGGGACCUCAAUCCCCGGAACCUGCUCCUGGACCAAGCAGGUCAUGUUCGGCUCACGUACUUUGGCCAGUGGUCAGAGGUGGAGCCCCAGUGCUGCCGGGAGGCUGUGGACAACCUCUACAGUGCCCCAGAGGUGGGUGGGAUUUCUGAGCUGACGGAAGCCUGUGACUGGUGGAGCUUUGGGUCUCUACUGUAUGAACUGCUGACUGGAACGGCCCUAUCCCAGAGCCACCCCUCAGGAAUCCAGCCCCACACCCAGCUCCAGCUGCCCGAGUGGCUCAGUCGCCCAGCAGCCUCCCUGCUGACGGAGCUCCUGCAGUUCGAUGCCAGCAGACGCCUGGGAACUGGAGGGGGCGGUGUCAACAGACUCAAGUCCCACCCCUUUUUCAGUACCAUCCAGUGGAGCAAGCUGGUGGGCGGCCUCUGCAAAGAAUGCGGGUCAGCCGCCUUUCCUGCUCGGCUCUGCUCCCUCCUGUGGGCUCAGAAGCCAUCAUCGCCGCUGUCCCUAGGGAGUCUCCCCGCCAGCUCUUGGAGGAACCCUUUCUAGUCACUGCUGAUGGGAAGGGACAGGACAGAGCUCACCCUGCUAGGUGGCUUGGGCCCCUCCGUCCACCCAUCAGUCAACAGAGACCUGUUGAGCGCACACCCUGAGCCUUGAACACAGACCUACCCCGUUAAAGGGUGCCUUCUGUCACAUUCGCUCCGAAGUACUGACCACCUGCUGAGCCAACCUUGAGGUUUUGUGAUUCGCUACCUGCCAUGUUGUGCCCUACUCGGGACAUCUCUGGAGACUUAUCUCAGGAUACUGGUCCACUGGCUUAGUGGACUCCAAUUAGGGCUGCCCUGGCUGAUACCUUAGCCGUGUAAAUAGUGGCCUCUUCUAUCAGACUCCUCCUGCAUGGGGCGGGGAGGCCGGGGACGCAGGGAAGACGUCUGUAGUGAGCAUGCAGUGAGGUGGGGAACAGGGUGAUCCACUCCCCCUCCUGACCAUGCCCCUGUCUUGCAAUUUCAGACUCUGAAGAGCAAAAGGAAGAGGGGCGUGGGGGAGGAAACAGGGAUUAGGAGGAGGGGAGAGGGCACCUUUGCCAAUUAGAGCAAUUUUAGAAGCAGAAUAAGACCUCCCCUCCCUAGCUAGCCCACUGGGGUGGAGAGAAAGGGGAGCCUGCCCCACAGGUCUGAGAGACCUCAGUUCAGCCUCCAGGCAGAAGCUGCUAAGACAAGCUGGGCCCAUUAGGAUUCCCUUCUCAGGCAUUGGUCCUGUUCACCAAUUUGCAUUUGAGUCUUGAGGGUCCACUCAAUUCAUUGCCUACUGUGACUUCAUCCCCUUUUGAAAUGAAUCACAACACACAGAAUGAUUGCCCAGGCUUUUAGCCAGAAGCAAGAUGUUUGGUCUCUGAAGAACUGGGAUAAGUAGUUACCCCAAAUACAACCCCCUCCUCAGGUUUGGGGGCUUUUUCCUCUCAGGACUCACCCUGUCACUGGGGUGUGGCAACUAAAACUUUCACCAGACCUCUGCCCCCAACCCCUUGCCUUGUGUCUGCUAUACCACCAGGUGGCGGCCUUGACACUCAUCUCCAUUCUGAUUGUGAAGGGGCGGGGAACUGGGUUGUGAGGGAGGCUGGAGUGACUCGGGCAGAGGACAUAGGGAAGCACAGCCUGGUAUGGUCCUGGUUUCUCUGGGGCGUGUCCAUACCAUCUUGCCCCCAAUAAAGCCUGAUGUUGCCUGUGG